CCAUCCCUCUUUCUCCUGAGUCAUCUUUUCAGAUUUUGUAGUUGCGCACUAUGGGGACCCCAAAUGAUCAGGCUGUGUUGCAGGCCAUCUUCAACCCUGACACCCCAUUUGGCGAUGUCAUUGAUGUAGAACUGGGAGAAGAAGCUGGGAAGGAAGUAGAUGAAGAUGGAGUAUUCCCUCAAGCACUGCUGGAGCAGUCUAAGGCCCUGGAACUGCAGGGGGUGAGGGCUGCAGAGGCCGGGGACUUUGCUACAGCCCUGGAGAGGUUUGGCCAAGCCAUUAACCUGCUGCCUGAGCGGGCCUCAGCCUACAACAACCGAGCACAGGCCCGAAGACUCCAGGGAGACGUGGCAGGCGCCCUGGAGGAUCUGGAGCUCGCGCUGAGGCUGAGCGGCGGCCGGGGCCGCGCCGCCCGCCAGGGCUUCGUGCAGCGCGGGCUCUUGGCGCGGCUGCAAGGCCGGGACGACGACGCCCGCAGGGACUUUGAGCAGGCGGCGCGGCUGGGCAGCCCCUUCGCGCGGCGCCAGCUGGUGCUGCUCAACCCGUACGCCGCGCUGUGCAACCGCAUGCUGGCCGACAUGAUGGGGCAGCUGCGCAGCCCCAGCAACGGGCGCUGAGCGGGCGGCGGGCGACCGGGGUUCCCGGACCAAUAAAGAUGC